AUGUGGAGGAAACUGACACAUUUCUGCAGACGAGGCGAGGAGCCGGUAUCGCGGAAUCAGAUAGGUCAGCUCGAAUUCUCGCAUUUCAUUAUCACCUCUCCGCAUCCGAUGCUAACAAAAGGAAAGAGUCUGUUCUACAACGCCUUAUUGCCUCGUCCAGGAAACUCAGACUAUCUUGUUACACUUAUGAUAGCAUCAUAUUCACAAUACGCUCCUCUCAUGCGUCGUAGUAGUUCGCAACUCUUCAUGCUGCCGGGAUUUCUUGAACUGGAAGAUAUAGAUGGUUCCGUGAAAAAGUUCCUUCAUGAUACUGGCACUCCGAAUCUUGAUGGACGUCACAAAAAGGUCAUCGCCAUGCCUCGAUUAAACCUUUGUUCUUUUCAUACUCUCGCAGCACAUCAUUUGAACGAGAGAAUAAACAGUACUGCUCAUGAACAGUUAGUAUCUUUCAUCCUCCUACAGCUUCUUACUGCUCUGAAGAUGCUUCAAAGUGAUGGUGUGGAGCUACUAAGCACCAAUUUUAAGGAGUUCCUUCUCGCAUACCGUUUUGCGCCGGAUUCACAGCAAGAGACGUUGGAGUUUCCACGACUGAUUUUCUUGCCUGAAACCUUUGGCGCGGAGAUCGAGAGCGGUGGUGACGAAAUGGUAGGGUUGUGCCGAUAUGCUAUGAGGGCGCUCUGUACUCUGCUCAGACAUAGAAUGGACGGAAAACCACCUCCAAUUCAAUUACGAUCUGGAUAUUCACGAGCGCUUCUGGCUUGUGCUACUUUAUUGCAAGAAGAUAAAUCAUCGAGUCUGACGAAGGCAAAAAACGUGCUCGAGAUCGCUCUCUGGGGUGGAGAGCCGUGUCAUACUGAUGUCAGGGCACGAAUUUGGCUUGACAUGGCGAGGGCCGAAUGUGUGGACAUGUUGUUGCGUCAGCUGGUCUGUGAGCCUGGAUGUCGGCUAGGAGCAUGUGAACAUUAUCAAGUGGAAUUUCUGCUCAGCGCCACUCCAAGAUCCAUUGUCGAAAGUCACAGAGCCAUAUUAUCGGUCAACAUUUGA